AUGAGCAAAGAGCUGGAGGAGAGAGACCAGGAGGUCAGAUCCCAGCAAGAACUGAUAGCAGAGCUGGAGAAGCAGCAAGAAACGCAGAGAACUGCUGUCAGCAAGAUGAGCAAAGAGCUGGAGCGGAGAGACCAGGAGAUCAGAUCCCAGCAAGAACUGAUAGCAGAGCUGGAGAAACAGCGAGAAAUGCAGAGGACUGUGAUGAGCAAGAUGAGCAAAGAGCUGGAAGAGAGAGACCAGGACGUCAGAUCCCAGCAAGAAGAGAUACGGGAGCUGGAGAAACAGCGAGAAACGCAGAGGAGUGCCUUCAGCAAGAUGAGCAAAGAGCUGGAGGAGAAAGACCAGGAGGUCAGAUCCCAGCAAGAACUGAUAGCAGAGCUGGAGAUGCAGCAAGAAACGCAGAGAACUGCUGUCAGCAAGAUGAGCAAAGAGCUGGAGCGAAGAGACCAGGAAGUCAGAUCCCAGCAAGAAAAGAUACGGGAGCUGGAGAAACAGCGAGAAACGCAGAGGACUGCGGUGAGCAAGAUGAGCAAAGAGCUGGAAGAGAGAGACCAGGAGGUCAGAUCCCAGCAAGAAGAGAUACAGGAGCUGGAGAAACAGCGAGAAACGCAGAGGACUGCGGUGAGCAAGAUGAGCAAAGAGCUGGAAGAGAGAGACCAGGAGGUCAGAUCCCAGCAAGAAAAGAUACGGGAGCUGGAGAAACAGCGAGAAACGCAGAGGACUGCGGUGAGCAAGAUGAGCAAAGAG